GUAUAAUAAUUAUGAAAGCAUCGGAUAAUCGAUAUGGCUAUAAACAGACUGAAGAGGACAGAGGAUACAAAGUUCCGGUUCUCUCUGAGCUAGACAGUGAUUUUUCCUAUGAACAAUAUAAUCGUAAAAAAGGCUUGCUAGAAAAAGAGCGAAAUAUGGACCUAUAUGUUGACCAAAGCAUGGAUAGCUUCUGUAACCAAGGCUUUGAUGAUUUGAUCCAAGAUCAAAAUAAAGUAAAAGUGUACCAGAAUGAAGACGAUAGCUCCGAGGAGUCUGUUGGCCUUAACAACACAGAAAUUGAAGAAGACUCCAAAUUUCAAGACUGAAAUUACAGGGAUAACUCUCAAUCAGUGCCUCCUAUGGGAGAUCAAGAUUUAUGUGACGAUAAAGGAUUCACUCAUUCAACAGUUGACAAUAAAUUUGAUUCUGAUGUUCAGAAUCUGGACCUAAAUCAUCCAAACUUAAUCACAGCAGAAAAGAGCAAAGUAGAAGAGUUUUUGAAUAGUCCCUUCCAAGCUCCUCUCAAGAAGCGGAAAGAAGACAGAAUGAAUUCCUCUAGAAAAUUCAAAGAGUCUCUUCAAGCACGAAGAAUUUUGGAAGAAAAUACUGAAACAGAGGAGCUAGAUUAUCAUCCAGCUAUUGAACAAAAUCCAACUGAAAUAUGCUCACAUUCAGAUAAGAAGAACCCUCGGAAGGAUGUUACUUAUAACGAUACACCUACAGAGAAAAGAUAUUCAAUCAGAGAGAAUUGAAGGUACUCUGAAUCUGAAGAAGAUGACUUCAAGGAAGAAAAGAUGCAUCUCACAAAGCCAGAGAGUAAAAGUUCACAGAACUCCCAGUUAUGAAACAACCAAUUAGAAACAAAGGAGAUUUCAGAGUAUGAGCUGAGGGCAAAAAUGGAAAGUACAGACCAAAGCGAGACUAGAAAAGCUAUAAUUAGUUCUACCAGAGAAGACCAAGAAGAAACUAAAGCACCGAAUGAGGACCUCUCCACUAAGCCUAUCAUUCAAGGACAAAAAUAUCAGGUCGAUCUUGGAUCAGUUAUUACCAUUGAGCAAAAGUUAUGGUGCAUACUGGAAAGCUUCUCUUCUAAAGGAGGUGACACCACUAAUGUUUUCGAACACUGUGAAGAAUGGUGGGACCUUGUGAACUCAACUACUCUCAGCAUAAUCCACUCGAUAUUUUCAGAUGACGAGCUUCGAAGAGCUUUGAGGAGGUCUUCAAUACUAGAGUUUUUAUCCAUAACAAUGAUAAACUUCUUGUCAUCAGAAAGUAAAGCUAAUUCUGAACUUCAUGGAAACUUGAAGGUGCUCACAUUCUACGUACAUCAAAAUUAUCUUCAGCUUAUCACAUGAGUCAUUAAGAAGUUGCCUCCUUACAAUGACAAAAAUAUUUGGGUGAAGGCUCUGAAGAAGAUAAUUAGGAAGAAAACCUCAAAAGAGAUUCUGAAAAAGUCUAACUGCGAAACUAUCAAAGAGAAUAAUAAUGUCAUAAUGGCACUAGUAGAGCAUAUUGGGAAGAACCAGAGAAAGUACCUAAAGAGUAUUGAAAACCAAAAGGAUAUUCGGAAAGCAACAAAGCCUAUCUUCAGCACAUCAUUAAACAUCUUGAAGUACUUAAACAAGAUGUCUAUCCAGAAGGCCAAGACUUUGAUCACCAAGGCUAUAGAAGCAACGAACAAAUUGAUAAUUGACGGAAUGUCUUCCCAACCUAACAAUCUGCUUCAUGUGAAUUCUUCAGGAGAUGAGAAUUCAUGAGAGAUUGUUCAUGUAACUAAGACACCUUAUUUAGGCCCUUCAACAAAUAAAUCUAAAUAUUCACUGGUCCUUGAUCUUGAUGAGACCCUUGUGCAUUAUGUAGAGGAUGACAAGAAUUCUAAAUUAUUGAUUCGUCCUGGAGCACAACAAUUCCUUCAUAACAUGGCUGAGAUUUAUGAGAUCAUCAUCUUCACAGCAGCAAUGCAGGAUUAUGCUGAUUGGGCUAUUGAUCAGUUAGAUACAGGCAACUGGAUCUCUCAUAGGCUCUAUCGUCAGCAUACCUCUUUACAUAAUGGGUCUUAUAUAAAAGAUCUAUCAAGAGUUGGCCGAGACCUCAACAGGACCAUCAUAGUUGACAAUGUAGCAGAUAAUUUCCAAAAGCAACCAGAGAAUGGAAUUUUGAUCAAGAGUUGGUAUGACGACCCUGACGACGAUGCCUUGUUUGAGCUAGGACCUCUAUUAAAGCUUAUUGUCUCACGGAAAGAAGAAAGGCAUAAUAAAUCACAAUAGAC